GCACAUCCACAGCCCAGUCUUACUAAAGAACCAUCCUCGAAACGAAGGCGCGUCGCACUAGCGUGUCAACAUUGUCGGGAGCGCAAGGUACGUUGUGACGGAGCGAGGCCAGUUUGUGGUGCAUGCCAGAGACGCGGAGCUACAGAUCAGCCUUGCGAGUAUUUAGUGAUUGCGGAAACGGCCAAAUACCAGACAGAAAGAGCGUCGGUGCCCUUGAAUCGCAUAUCCCGGGUCUUGAAUCUGCGCGAGGGAGCUCCUCGUGAACCUCUCGAAUCGCCGCCCCGCCCCCAAACUGGUGGCACCCUUCCAAGUCAAGGGUUUGGAGUACAACACUCCUCCCCGGCUGGUAACCCACUUCCUAUAUCUCUCGGUGCUAUGGGAGCAGCUUUACCAAGUACGCCCGAAGAAGCGGGUCACGAUCAGUACUAUGGGCAAUCAUCUUUAGUGUCCUUGGUCAACCAAUACGCUCAAAAGUCACCUGGCUGCCAAUCAGUCCAGUCCCAGGGUGGAUCUUCUAUACCAAGCCUUCUAGCCUCAUCAACCAAUUCAGCUGGCGCCAACACCGUGACCUCUUCGACAAAUAUGACGGUAUUGCUAUCAGACGACUUUUCGCUUCCACCCAGGAGAUUGGCAGACUGGCUUUUAGAAGUGUAUUUUGCCAAUAAUCAUAUAUUCUACCCCUGGGUGCACAAGGACACAUUUAUGGCUUCAUACGAGAACAUAUGGACGAAUCAAUCGAAUGAUGCAGACGGAGUUCUUCCGGAUGUGGGUCUCGGCAGUCACAACUGUCCAUCUCGAUUGUUCCAUUGCGCUUUGAACGCUAUGUUUGCUAUUGCUUGUGAAUUCUCAAACAUGGAUCCUUGCCAUAAAAGAAAUUCUUCCAUGAUGUUUUACGAACGAAUGAAGAGCUCGAUGAACAUUGAUAUUCUCGACAGCGGAAGCUUGGCCCAUGUCCAGGCGCUAUUGCUGAUCGCAAUAUAUUUGCAAUGCACGCCAUAUCCGAAGAGAUGCUGGAAUGUAAUAGGAAUGGCACAUCGAAUGGCUGUCGGGCUCGGCCUACAGAGCCGCCGCCAAUUCAGCAAUUUGACCGUUUUGGAAAAGGAAAUCCGGUGGCGAGCAUGGUGCGCAUGUGUCCAAAUGGAUAUAAUUUCCAGCAUGACAAUGGGUCGUCCACCCAUGACACCGAACUCUUCGCACACACCACUACCCUCACCGGUCGACGACAAAUAUCUUGCUGCUAGAGAUCAAGAGGCUCAGCAGCCCGAGGGGGACUAUAUCGACUAA